AUGCAGCUGAAGUCUUUGGCGGUCCAACUGCUCUUUUGCUCGUUGGUAUCUGCGGCGCCUUCGCAGCCCAAUAAUGCGUGCAAAGCUCCAGGAGGCUCCCCUGAGAUCAAUUCUCUGAGUACUUUGCAGGCGUUGAAGUACAAUAAUUUGGGCUCCGAAAACAAUGGUACGGCUGCGGUUCUGAUUUAUGAUCGAGUGGACUACGGUCAGGCGCAGGUGCAGUGUGCUGCCAUCGGGGAGAGCCUUUAUUCACUGCAGGAUGCGACCGAAACAAACCGGACCGAACUUCAAUAUCAGUUCAAUUAUCUCAUUCAUAAUGGCGAUCUCCAGAGAAGCGACCAGGUAUGGGUUGCAAAAUCUUCCUCAAAGGACUGCUCCGCGUAUUCUCUCGGCCGCAAGGAGACUGUGAGCAUACCCUGCCAUAUGCAGCUGCCCGCGCUUUGUACGUCCAAGGUUCCUCCCACCACAGACACGAACAAGGUUGUUGUCGAGUCAUCCAAGAUUUCGGUAAUGCACGAAGGUUACACUUUUACUGGAUAUCGCGACGCACGUUCAUUCCGGUUCCUGGGUGUUCCUUUUGCCAACCCCCCUGUCAAAGACCUGAGAUUCGCACCGCCUCAGCCGUAUAGUGGUCCCAAGUCGCUUGAUGCUACCAAAUUCUCCGACUCUUGCGUCCAGUCGGUCUCCAGCUUUGGUACCCUGGGCAACGGUGGCAUCUCCGAGGACUGUUUGUAUCUCAACAUCUACACCCCUGUGCUUCCUGCGGAUGGGGCGCGCAACCCUCUGCGCAAACCAGUGGCUGUCUACUUCUACGGAGGUGCGUUUACCAAAGGUAGUGCGUCCAUGAUCGACUACGACGGGGGCAACUUUGCAAGCCGCAACGACGUUGUUGUGGUGACGGUCAACUACCGCCUCGGCGCCCUGGGUUGGUUGGCUACUGGCAGUCUCACGACAGGAAGCUAUGGCAUCCGCGACCAGAUCCUCGCCCUUGAAUGGAUUAACAAGUACAUUGAAGCGUUCGGUGGUGACAAGUCACGAAUUACGAUUUUCGGUCAGUCAGCAGGUGGCCAGAGUGUGACAGCCUUGCUAUCGUCCAGCGCCGCCAAAGGUUUAUUCUCCGGUGCGAUCGUCCAGUCGGCUCCCCUGGACUUGCCUUGGUUUAACCGCGAGGUAUAUGAAGAAAUCGUCGCACCGGGAGUCGCCAAGGCUGUCGGCUGCAACCAAACCGUCUCCGAAGAGAAGCUGCUGGCCUGUCUGCGCUCGGUGCCCGCAUCGGCCUUCCUCGACAACACGACCGAGUUCCAGUCCGCCAUGACCGCCGUGAACAAGAAAGUCGCCGACGGUUUCCUGCACGUCUCGACAAUGCUCGCCUCCAUUGAGCCCCUGAUGCCCAUGGUCGACGACUCGGGCAGCGGCGUGAUCGACGACCAGUUCUACACCCUGCUCGCCGACAACGCUCUUCCCAACCGCGUCCCAACCAUGUUCACCACCGUCACCGACGAAGCCGCCCUCUACGUGGGCAGAUUCGUCCCACAAAUCGAGGCAUCCACCACAAACCUCAACCUCCUCUUCGGCAUGGCAUACCCCGCCGACCUAGCCAAGUCCCUCGCCGCCUCCAACGCCUUCCCCCUCAAUCCCUCCGACCCAGACACCGUUCGCAAUGUCGGCGCCCAAGCUCUAACCUACAGCGAAUGGACCUGCCCACAAGCCCACCUCCUCGCCAACGGCGGCGCCACCGCCUUCCCAGCCCUCUACGAACUCGAAAUCACCCACGGCCACAUCCAAACCAACGCCGGCGUCCCGGCCAUCUGCUCCCCGAACUCCGACUACAACGCCACCUGUCACUCCGCCGACGUCCUCCCCGUCUGGGGCACGCUCAACAGCAAGUCCCGCAACGUAGACCCCUACUACGACACCACCGACCUCCUCCACUCGCAGCUCCUCGACGAUGUCUUCGGCGCUUUUUUUCGAACACGCACCCCGAAUCCUGACCCGGAGAUGCUCCGCGUUCGUGGGCCCGCCUACGCCGCGACGUACGAGAUCUUCGGGAAGCACGGGUACUAUAUUCCGCCGUAUCAUCCCGACCAGCGCAAUGUCAGUCUGCUCGAUAUGCCGCCUACCUGGACGCAGAACCCGCAUGGCACGGACAAGUGCAGGGUGUUUGAGGAGUAUGGCUUUACUUUCCAGCGGGCUUUUGCCUGA